CUCUCUCUCUUUGUCUCUCUUCUUUGUCCCUCACUCUCCCUCUCUACCUCUUUGCCUCUCUCUCCCUCUCUUUGCCUCUCUCUCUCUCUCUCUCUACCUCUCUCUCUCUCCCUCCUCCUCCUCUCCCAUGAUGUUGUGUUGUGGCCGGGCGCUGGACUCCCCGUGCACGCUGGCCAUGCUGGUGGGUUUCCAGUUUGCCUUCGUCCUCUACUUCUCUCUGGGCGGCUUCCGGGGGCUGGUGUCGGUGCUGGUCCACUCGGCCGACAACGAAAUCGACUACUCGCGGCCCCACGACGUCUACACCAACCUCAGCCACCUGGGGGCGCUGGUGCCUCAUCAGAUGGGCCCGUUGGUACCCACAGGAGCGGAAGUUGGACCGGCCGCGCAGCUGAAGGACUGCCCUGUGCCCUCUCCUCUGCUGGUGGGUCCGGUCGCCGUGCGGCUGACAGCCGCCCCCUCGCUGGAGGAGAUCAAGGACAAGAACCCCCUGGUGACGCCGGGGGGCCACUACUCGCCGCCCGACUGCCAGCCGCAGCACCGCACCGCCAUCAUCGUGCCCUACCGCAACCGGCAGAUGCACCUGCGCGCCCUGCUCUACCACCUGCACCCCUUCCUGCAGCGCCAGCAGAUACACUACACCAUCUACAUCGUGCACCAGUCUGGGAACUCCACUUUUAAUCGAGCCAAGCUGCUGAACGUGGGGGUUCGAGAGGCGCUGAAGGACGAGGACUGGAGCUGCAUCUUCCUCCACGACGUCGACCUGCUGCCUGAAAACGACCACAACACGUACACCUGCAACCCCCAGUACCCCACACACCUGUCAGUGGCCAUGGACAAGUUUAGGUACAGACUGCCAUACCCUCAGUACUUUGGUGGCGUUUCGGCCGUCACUCCAAACCAGUACCUCAAGAUGAACGGCUUCCCGAACCAGUACUGGGGCUGGGGAGGAGAGGACGAUGACAUUGCGGCCAGAAUCCGUCUCUCUGGGAUGAAGAUAGUGCGCCCCCCAGUGGCCAUUGGCCAUUACAAGAUGAUCAAGCAUAAAGGGGACCAGGGCAACGAGCAGAACCCCCGCAGGUUUGACCUGCUGAAACGCACCCGGAUCAACUGGCGCUCUGACGGCCUGAACUCUCUCAAGUACUCACUGCUGUCCAAGGUGCUGGAGCCGCUCUACACCAACCUGUCCGUCAACAUCGGUGACGACCCCCGCCCCCUUAAGAAUGGGCCGCCCCCCAGGAAGCAAACCCCGCCCCCUGUCCACCGUGACGCCCACGUGGACCGCAACAGACACUCUAGAGCUCGGCUGCUGGCCCCUCCCACCCAGCCUGCAAAAACUGUCAAUCACCAGGGGAAGGUGACCAAUGAGACGUCCGGUCGGGGGGGGAAGGCGGGUGUAAAGCAGGAAGUUGGUUGAUCUCCAUACAGGUGUUUCUCUCUCAGCUCUGCUUCAGCCUCUGUGUGGUUGUGGUUAGGGCUGUAGCGAUAUUGUAUCGAACCGAGAAGUCGCGAUACGCAGCAGAGUCACGAUACUUUAUCGCCAUGCAAGGAGGCAGUAUCGUGAAACACCCUUUCAAGCCGUGGGGUGUAUCGAACCAUAGAUCAACAAUCGUGAUAUGAACUGAAUCUUGAGGUGAGAGUGUAUCGUUACAGCCCUAGUUGUGGAGUUGGGACUUCUUUGGCAUGGGGCGGCUGAGCUGAGCUGAGUUGAACAGGCGGCAUCUCGUUUUCCCUCCUUCUCCUUCUUCACUGCAGAGCUUCGCCUCAGUUGUUCCCUCAAUGGGAAAAAAAUCGCUAAGCCACGAAUAUAAGCUCUCGGUACCGAGAGUGGACCACGAUCAGCUUUCGAAAAACACCCGUGAAUGUUACUCAAAGACUGUCAUGAUAGUUGGAAGCACUGGUUCAGCCGCUUGCGUGACUAUUAUUGGCUGGUGGUGAGAUCCUAUUAUCUCGCUCUCGCCAGGGAGGUUGUAAAUACUUAUUGCGUAUAUCUCUUUUAGGGGUAUGGACAUGUGUAUGCUUGGAAAUCAUUCCUGUGAGAUUGUGUGUGACGCGUGCUUGUAUGUAUACGAAUGCAUGUACUGUAUGUGUGUGUGACGCGUGCUUGUACAGUAUGUGUGCAGAUAUCUGCAUGUCUGUGUGAGUGUGUGCACGUGUAUGUGUGUGUGUGUGUGUGUGUGUGUGUGUGUACAUGUUUGAGUUUGGUGGUUGUGUGUGUGUGUUUGCUUUUUUCAGCCAGUUUGCUGCCAGUUGCUGCUCUAUGCCACACGGUGUGGGUGUGUCUUUCUGUGCCUUUUUCUUGCUCCUGUACCAUGUCCCCGGUGUGCAUUCCAAUAUGCAGAGUCCUUUCCUCCACUUGUGCUUGUGGCCUCACGUUUUGCUGACGCCCCGCCUCCGUGGAGAAAACAAUACCCCACCUCCUUGGAGAAAACAUUUCCCCGCCGUCAGCCUAGCCACAGCAAUUUUUGGGGGACUGUUCUUCAUUCACCAUCCAGAUUGCAAACGAGGAAAUUACAUUAGAAUUGUGCUUUCGCAAGAUAUUGAAAGAAUUUUCCGUCGUCAGUGACAUCAUCAUGAAGUCACAAGCAGGCAAGAGAGCACGGAAGUCCGCAUAUUGGAAUCCACCCCACCCCUGACUAAUACCACUUUAUCUUCUCAGCCUAACCACAACCUGAGUGUGUUCCUAUAUGCGGCCUUGCCUCCUCCACUUGUGCUUGUUUCCUCGUGCCAGGAAGUAAUAUGUCAUGAUGACAUCACUGACAACAGCAUGGGAAACUUUAUUGUUUUCCACACGGAGGCGGGGCCAGGAGGCGGGGCGAGGAAACAAGCACAAGUGGAGGAGGCAAGGUCGCAUAUUGUAACUCACUACCUUUCUUCAGCAGAUCUUCUGUACAUCUGGGGCCUAUACUGACGUACUGGUUCAGGAGUACUGUAAACCAGGUUAAGUUAAGAGGUAAAUCAUCUAAUAGAAGAGCCUGGACUCCUCAUUGAGUAAACCAGGUUAAGUUAAGAGGUAAAUCAUCUAAUAGAAGAGCCUGGACUCCUCAUUGAGUAAACCAGGUUAAGUUAAGAGGUAAA